UAUUGACAUUUGGAAAAUUAAACAUAAACAAAAACAUGGAUAACGAAUUAAGCGCCCAGUUGAGAGAUCUUAUCCUGAAUACCCGUGUGCCUCUGAUGAUUGAGGAUUUUCCGCGCGACUGGGAAUGCUUCAGGGGAUUGUUGUACGAAUGGUGCGAGCGCUUUGACAAGAAGGCGGCUGGUCCGCCGGCAUUCGAGCGAAUGUCCCUGACGGACUGCAGCACACCGCAGUGGGAGCGAAAGCGGACGAAGGCGAACAUGAGCAUGCUGAAUUUCCUGCGGGAUUACGGCUGCCUGGAUGCUCGUCAGACGCAUUGGGCGGCCUAUCAGUACAAGCGAGCCCACGAGAUGCCAGCAAGCUGCUUGAAGGGCAUCGACUUCUCGUGCUUUGGCUUCCCGGACCACCAAAACGAUUUCACCUUCUGGCUGGGCUCGGAGCAGGCCAACACGCCCUGCCACUACGACACCUUUGGCGUGAACAUUGUGGUGCAGGUGUACGGCAGCAAAUCGUGGCUGCUGUUUCCACCCGAGACACCGCUGCAGUCCACGCGGGUGCCCUACGAGGAGUCCAGCGUCUACUGCCUGGACAACUUCUAUGCCCCUGCGGAGGAUAAGCUGCCGCGCAUGAUGGAGUACAGUGAUCAGGCCCACCAGUGCACACUGGAAGAGGGGGAUGUGCUCAUCGUCCCCCGUCACUGGUGGCACUAUGUGGAGGCAACGGCGUGUCAACUCAGUGUCAACUAUUGGGUUCCGCUCAAGGACGACAUGGACCUGGCGCUGGACGAGUUUCUAGUCAAGCACAUUGUCGAGAGCUUUGUCAAGGGCGAAAGCGAACAGACGAAAAGGUAUUUAUUGAAUCCCAAUCAACUGGAGGAUAUCUCCGCGACGCCCAGCGAACUCUUUGCGCAGUUCCAGCAGGCAGUACAGAAUGCCGAGGGUGAGGAGCAGAAACGGAAGCUUUGGGAAACCGAUUACUUGACUGAGUCCAGCUUUAGGGAGCUCCUCAAUAAGGUCCCAGUGUCGAUUCGACCCGUGGAAGUAUUGCCCAAGGAGGAAUAUAAACUCUUGCUGGAAUCCAACUCAGAGCGACGGCAAGCGGAGACGGCCACUGCUGCUGCUGCUACUGCUGAGAGUGCGCCAAUCAGCUCUACAUUGGAGCUACUCAUCAGCAGCAUGUGUGCCCCGCGCACCAUUGCGGGCAUGAAGCGCGAAUUCUUUAGGAGAAUGAGGCAGGGCGACGUUUAAUAGCACUAAAAACGUUUAUUGUGAUAAUAUUUGUUGCAUAUAUGAGAUUAAAAUCCAAUAAGCCAUCAACAUGUAUGAUACGAACGGA